CGAUAGAGAAGUUUUAUAAAACGUAGAAGAAACAAUGUGGGGUUCAAUAAUUGGACGUAGUUGUGUGAUUUAUAUGUUAUUUUGUAUAACUGCUUAUUAUACCAUGAGUAUAAAAAGUACAUACCAAGAUUAUGAUGGGUAUUCCGUUUUAGAAGUUAUCACUAAAACAGAAGAGGAAACAAAAGAUUUAUAUAAAAUAUUUAGUGAUGCGGAUAUUGAUAUUUGGAAAAAUUCACAAAAAUUUGAAGAAAAUCAUCAUGUAACCGUUGUUGUUUUACCACCAUUAGCAAAAGAGUCAAUUAUUCAGCAAAUAGAAGAUAAAAAUUACGAACAUCGUAUUUUAAUACAUAAUGUAAAAGAAACAAUCGAUCGUGAAAGAGAAGCACAAAAGAAUUAUACCAAAGUUAAUGGAUCCAUAACAUUUGAUCACUAUUAUCGAUAUGAUGAUAUAGACGAAUAUUUAACUACACUUGAAAAAAAUUACCCAAAUAUUGUUGAAUUAAUAAAUAUUGGAAAAUCGUAUGAAGGUCGUGCUAUGAAAAUGAUUAAAAUAUCUUCAUCAACAAAUCGUGAAAAUAUUCAAGAUGUAAAGAAACCUAUAAUAUUUAUUGAUGGCGGUAUACAUGCACGUGAAUGGAUUGCACCAGCGCAAGUUCUUUACAUAAUUCAUCAACUUGUUGAAAAUACAAAAGAAACUUUUAGUUUGAUUGAAAAUAUUGAUUGGUAUUUAAUUCCGGUUGUAAAUCCCGAUGGAUAUGAAUUUUCUCACGUACAUGAUCGAUUAUGGCGUCGUACAAGAUCUCCAUCAACAUUCCCAGGAAUUCCGCACUCUCUUUACGCUCCAUCAUGUGUUGGCGUAGAUGCAAAUCGUAAUUGGGAUAUCUAUUGGAAUGGAUUUGAUAAAGAUGGUGGAAAAAAUAAUCCACAAGGUUUCCCAUCACCUGGUCAUAUACCAUGUAUAAAUGAUUAUGCUGGUCCUCGCCCAUUUAGUGAAAUUGAAAUAAAAAAUUUAGCAGAUUUUGCUGAUAAAAUUAAGGAUCAAAUUAAAUUAUAUAUAACAUUCCAUAGUUUUGGUAAUAAAAUUUUGUAUCCAUAUGGAUACACCGAUGAUUUACCAGAAGAUUCUAAAGAAUUACAUAAAUUGGGUAAACUAGUGAACGCAGUAAUGGAUACCCAUUAUGAUGUUGGUGCAUCAGCUAAUAUUUUGUAUUCGUUAACUGGCAGUAGUAAGGAUUAUUUUAAGGAUGUAUUAGGUGUUGAAUUGUCUUAUACAAUAGAAUUAACUGAUGGUAGCGUUCAUGGAUUUGAUUUGCCACCGAAAGAAAUUUUACCAACAGUUUCUGAUAUGUUUAAGGGUAUUCAAGUAUUUGCCGCUUAUAUUGAUAAGAAAUUUUUGUGACAUUGAUUAAAACUUUAACGUAAUAUGUUAAGAUAAAAUAACUUUGUUCGAUUAGGCGUGAGAAUUUUCAAUGUUAGGGAUAAAGAUCUUGAAAGCACUGCAUUUAUUUUGAAACAAAAGUUUCUGAAUCUGCACCCGAAUUUUUGGAAUAUUAUUUUUUAAAUGCAAAAUAGGAAAACAAAUUUUCCACUAUAUUUGGACCAAGUUAUAUUUUACUUAACGUAAACGUUUUGAUUUUUGUUAAAGUUCUACUCAU